AUGCUUUAUUGGGUAAUCACUUUUUCUAGAGACUCAUAUAGAUCUUAGGUCGCAUAUGCAACUUUGACUUUCGCAUUCAUGAAUGCAAUUUCUAUUACUUUCAUUUAUUUAACUGGAUACAGAUAUUUCUACCUAGAAAAAUCUCUCACAUGGCCAUUUAUAGUAUCACUUGUAUUACAGCUCUUGAAAGAUAAAGAGAGUUUUUUGAAAAAUCCGAUUCAAGUUAAGGGCCCAAUGAAAAUGAACAGCUUUUCAUAAUAUGAGUUCUGCACUGUUUCUAAUGCAAUAAUUGCGUAAUUGGAUUCGAUCAUCAUUGCAAAUGGCUUGGUACAUGCAUUGGAAUUAGAAACUAUCCGUAAAAUAUUGAUCAAACAAUCUAAUAUUGAUUUCACCUUUUAGGUAUUUUAAUAAUCAACAAAUAACGAUGGCCUUAAAAUUUUGAGAUAGGAGUCCACUUAAACCUUUAAGAGUAGAAAUAUGAAGCAUCACAAAUUUAUUUCUUCAAAUCCAUUUUUUGAAGGAACUGAUAUAGGUGUUAAAUCAGUUACAAGUACAGUAGCUUAAAAUUAAAAGGUCGAUUAGUCGUAAACUUAUACAUAGACUUAGUCAGUAUAAAAGAAAAAUGUGAUUAGUCGCAAGAAUCUAGUUAUUGAGGAAAGUAGAGUAUUUGACAAUGAAGAAAUAUGCAACUAUGAUAUACUCGCUGCUCAAGAGAAAAACAGAAGAAAACUUUCAUAAUUUCAAGCUGCAGAUUCUUCCAAAAAUCAAUCAAUCAUUACAAUGAAUUAUCCUCCAUCUCUAAAUGGACUUGUUGGCAAUCAUACAAGAAUGAAUAGCAAUCCUUAUGGAUAAAGUGUAAUAUACAAUCUCAACAUUAAUUCGGGAAGAGCAGGGAUAAACUCUAACAGAGACUAUUAAAGUAAUUUACCUGGCAGUAGUUUCAUCCAGGCAAAUUAAAUAUUUCAAAUUGACGAUGAUACUAAAGAGCAGUCUCCAUUUUGGUUAAAACCAGAUUUAAAAGAAGCAGAAUUAGUGUUGUAAAUUGAUAAUAAAACUAGCGCAAGUUAAGAUUUAACUACCAAUGUUAAUGUAAACACACCAAAUAAUCAAUACUCCUAAAAAUUUGCAAAAAAUGACAAAACUGCUACAACUGCAGGAAACAUUAGUGUAAAUAACUAAAAAACUCUAAGUUCGAAUGCAUUUACUGUAGCAAGUGGUGCUAAUAUGAUCUAAAAUAAAGAUAAAAAUGCAGUCAGAAGAGUAAAUCUAAAGAACUUCAUACCAUAAAGCUAGUUCCAACUUAAAGAGUAAAAAAUCAUAGACUUUGAGAUAAACCCUAGGACAUCAAAUAACUAAAAUCAUAAGACUUAAAAUCUAGCCUUGCUUUUGCAAAGAGAAUUUUCACAGUCUAAUUUGUCCAAUACUAAUAAUAUGGUCUAGUUUUCAGAGGAAAGUUAGAUAGAUUACAAAAAAGUUUAAAAUACCCAAUCAAGACUAAAAUAGAAAAAAUCAAAGAAGCAUCUGCAAUCAAUAGAUUCACUAGAGGAAAAUGAUCACUAUCUAGAAGGAGAUUCUAUUUAGAAAAAUUAAAUAGUUGAUGUAUUUACUCUCGUGGAUCAUUAAAGCAUUGAAAAUAUUAAUAAUAUUUAUACCAACAACAAUAACCUAAAUGAAGGUAGAAACAGUGACAUUGAGCUUCUUAAAUUAACUGAAAACAAUUCUUAAAAUAUGCUGAUCAAUCACAGUAUUGAGCUCAGAGAGUAGUCCAGCUAUAGUAUUUAAAAGAAUAAGCUUACCUUGAAUAUUACUGAUUCUAAUCUAGAUGAUAUAAAAGAUAAUUACAAAGAGUAUAGCUAAACCUCAAAUAAAAAGAUUCAUAAGAAAAUGAAAACUAAACACUAGGAUUUCUAAAAGAACCUUAAAUAAUCUUUAGACAGUCUUAACAAUUCUAGCUUUAGAAAGAAAAAAAUAUUUUCUAAUGAUAACGAUUAAGUUCAUGAAUCUUAAUCAUCAAUCGAAAUGAGAAAAAGAAAGGAAACAAUUGAUGAUAUAUUGAUGGGAGAUGCUAGUCAAAUUUAUGCAAGCAGACAUACUCGAUAAGACCAAAGCAUUGAGUCUAGAGUAAGCAUGGAUGAUUACUAGGUGAAUUAGAAGUUCAAUUUUGAAAGCUCAGUAACCAGAAAAAUAUUUACGACUCUUAACAAAAAAGAUAGAUUUAUGGAGCCAAGUAUAAUAGAUUAAUCAAUUUAGAGCUCUAGCUUAUAGACUAGUAAAUUUGUUGAAAACAAGAAAAAUAGUAGAAAUAGAAAGAGAGUCAAUGGGCCAUCUUUCAAAAGUAGCCUUGUCAGAGAAAGUAAGGAACAUCUUGUGAUAUAAUUGAACAAAUAACCCGAAUCCUAAGAUAUUCAUUGA